UACAUAACAUUUUUGCAAUUUAACACAACAUAUCCAUUCACACUACAGCUGAAGAUGAAGCUGUUCUUAUGCAUAAUGCUCAUUUUGGCUGUUUGUCAUCACUUACUAUCCGAAAAUGUAGCCAACAGUCAAUCUGUUACAGAGGAUUUGAACAACAACAGUGGAAAUGCAACACAAGGAGCAACUUCUGACAACACUAAUGAUGGCUAUGAUAAUGAUGAUGAUGAUGAUGACAGCAACGAAGAUGAUUUAAUUGUGUACUAUUUUGGCACAGAUGGUGACGGCGAUGAUAAUGACAAUGACAUAAACAAUACGACCGACGAA